CGUUCCGUCCUACAACAUCAACCACAGAAGAAGAUUGUCUCCACUUCAGCUAACAAGCUAGCAGCUUAGUUAAUAUUUUGCCGCUUUGUGAGUUUUUAAAAUGCUUUUACAGUCCGUGAGGCCGUUGUUGCUUCGAUGCAGGGUAUUACCGCUGCCGUGUACACGGACUUACUACGCUGACAGAGUCGCUCGGCUCGGCUCCCAACCUGAUAAGCAUUCCUCUGAAUAUCAGGAAAAUUAUGAGCGAAUGAAAGUUUUGGUAGAUCAACUGAGGAACCGGACAGAGAAAAUCAAGUUGGGUGGAGGAGAAAAAGCAAGAAAACUUCACACUUCUCGAGGGAAGCUGUUGCCAAGAGAGCGCAUAGAUAGACUACUGGAUCCAGGGACUCCUUUUUUGGAAUUUUCCCAGUUUGCAGGAUAUGAGUUGUAUGGAAACGAGGAUGUUCCUGCCGGGGGGAUGAUUACAGGGAUAGGACGGGUUUCAGGGGUGGAAUGUGUUGUUGUUGCAAAUGAUGCCACCGUGAAAGGGGGAACAUACUACCCAAUUACAGUGAAAAAACACCUUCGUGCACAAGAAAUUGCUCAGCAGAACCAUUUACCAUGCAUCUAUUUGGAGCACAGUUGGACCCCCAACAAUGAACUCAGUGUUCCCUUGGGUCACCAGUACCCCACUCUGGAGCCAGGUCUGGCGGUGGGGCACGUUGGCGAGCGCCUGAUGGCUGGGCUUUUACGCAUGGAGACUGGCUGGGCUCAGCCCGAAGAAGAGACAUGGGUCUUUCUUCCAAUGGGCUCACCACCUGUGCUCAUUGCUCUUGUGAUGGGCUCGUGCACGGCUGGAGGAGCAUAUGUUCCAGCAAUGGCAGACGAGAGCAUCAUUGUGCAAAAGCAAGGAACAAUUUUUCUCGGAGGACCUCCUCUGGUGAAAGCUGCCACUGGAGAAGAAGUAUCUGCAGAAGAUCUUGGUGGUGCUGAUCUGCACUGCAAAAAAUCUGGCGUGACAGACCACUACGCUUUAGAUGAUAACCACGCACUCCAUUUAGCUCGGAAGACGGUCCGAAGUCUCAACUACAGGAAGAACAUUGAGGUUACUGUUGAAGCCACCGAAGCCCCCCUUUUUCCUUCGGAUGAGCUUUAUGGGAUAGUUGGAGAUAACUUGAAACGCAACUUUGAUGUCAGAGAGGUUAUUGCCAGAAUUGUGGAUGGCAGUAAAUUUGAUGAGUUCAAGGCAUUUUAUGGAGACACACUUGUUACAGGCUUCUCAAGAAUCUUUGGAUACCCUGUUGGAAUUAUUGGCAACAAUGGAGUCCUGUUUUCAGAGUCUGCAAAAAAGGGAACCCAUUUCAUCGAAUUAUGCUGCCAAAGAAACAUUCCUCUGAUCUUCCUUCAAAACAUAACAGGGUUCAUGGUGGGAAGAGAGUAUGAAGCCGGAGGUAUUGCCAAAGAUGGAGCUAAGAUGGUCACCGCUGUUGCCUGUGCCAAUGUGCCAAAGAUAACAGUCAUCAUUGGAGGUUCCUACGGUGCAGGCAAUUACGGCAUGUGUGGAAGAGCGUACAGCCCCCGAUUCCUCUACAUGUGGCCCAAUUCAAGAAUCUCUGUAAUGGGAGGGGAGCAGGCAGCGACAGUCCUGGCCACCAUCACUAAAGAUCAGAGGACACGUGAAGGAAAGGAGUUCACAGCUGAACAAGAGGCUGCCAUGAAGGAACCAAUUGUCCGCCGGUUUGAAGAGGAAGGCAGUCCAUAUUACUCCAGUGCCAGAUUGUGGGAUGAUGGGAUCAUUGACCCUGCAGACACUCGUCUGGUUCUGGGACUGAGCCUCAGCGCAGCGCUCAAUGCACCAAUAAAGAAGACCCACUUCGGAGUGUUCAGGAUGUAACAUUCAUGUAGUUUGUAAUGUAAAUAGACAUCUCUUUGUAGCAUAGAUUGUAAAGUGUGGAAAACAGAUUUCAAGAGGAAUCAGACUUUAGAGGAAUUGAGGAUAUAACUAGUUCUCAUUGUGGAUCAUUUCCACAAUGAAGUUGUGCCUUAAGUGUUACUAUCCCACUGUACAAACAUCUCUUCUUGGAAACAUUUUUCUUGGUUGAAUUAUGUUUUACUACUUUAAAUGAAGAUUAAAGAGCUGAAAACCUAAA